GUUUGGAAGAGUGACAACGAAAACUGGCAGAAACUUGUUCUGUGGGACAGUGGGAGACAAUGUCGCAACUAAAAACCUCUUAUUCCUAUGAUGCUCCCUCGGACUUCAUUAAUUUUACAUCUUUGGUUGAUGAAGAAGAUACAGAAAACAUAGAUUCUUGGUUUGAUGAGAAGGCCAAUUUGGAGAAUAAGUUUCCGGGGAAGAAUUGUCCAACAGGAUUUCCUCAGAAAACUCCUUUGAGAAAGACUAAUCUCCAGCAAGCUAUUGUUACUCCUUUGAGAACAGUUGACAAUACUUACAAAGAGACUGAAAAAGAAAAUCUGGUGGAACAGUCCAUUUCAUUAAAUUCUCGUUCUUUCCCAGAAGUCAAGGGAACUAAGACUAGAAGUACUCCAAACCAACCUCAGAGAAGAUCUAUUAGACUCUCUGCUCAGAAGAAUUUGGAGCAGAAAGAAAAGCAAGAUGUUAAAAUGAAAGCCAAGAGAUGUGCUACUCCUGUAAUCCAUGAAAUUCCACCCUCCAAGAAAAUGAGAGUUUCUAAUAGCAAAAAGAAGCCAGAGGAAGAGGAAGAAGGCAGUGCUCAACAAGAAAAGAAUGAGUCUUCCCCAGAAAAAGCGAAGGGCAGACAUAAUGUGCCAGGAAGGCAGAAAAUUCUAAAAAGUACUGAGGAGCAAGAGUUGGAGAAGAGAAUGAAGAUGCAGCAGGAGGUGAUGGAGAUGCGGAAAAAGAAUGAAGAAUUCAAGAAAAUUGCUCUUGCGGGAACAGGACAUUCCUUGAAGAAGUCAGUGAGCCAAGUAACCAAAGUAGUAGACUUCCAUUUUCGCACAGAUGAGCGAAUUAAACAGCGUCCCAAGAACCAGGAAGAAUAUAAGGAAAUAAACUUUACAUCGGAGCUACGAAAGCAUCCUUCGUCUCCUGCUCAAGUAUCCAGAGGAUGCACCAUAAUUAAGCCUUUCAACCUGUCCCAUGGAAAGAAAAGAACAUUUGAUGAAACAGCUUCUACAUAUGUGCCCCUUGCACAGCAGGUUGAAGCCUUCUGUAAAGGAACCAUUAACAGAUACCACUUAAGGAGCAAAAAGGAAGAUAUUGUUCUGUUGCCUUCUAAACCUGCUGUGGCCAAGAUCUCCAGAGACCCACAGACCCCCGUACUGCAAACUAAACAUCGUGCAAGGCCUGUGACCUACAAAAGCGCAGCAGAUCAGGAGGCUGAGGAACUUGAGAAACUACAACAAUAUAAAUUCAAAGCACGGGAACUUGAUCCCAGGAUUCUUGAAAGUGGGCCCAUCUUGCCUAAAAAGCCACCGGUGAAACCACCCACCCAGCCUAUUGGCUUUGAUUUAGAAAUUGAGAAAAGAAUCCAGGAACGAGAGUCAAAGAAGAAAUCAGAGGAUGAACAUUUUGAAUUUCAUUCCAGACCAUGCCCCUCUAAGAUUUUGGAAGAUGUUGUGGGUGUUCCUGAAAAGAAAAUCCUUCCAAUCACAGUUCCCAAGUCACCAGCCUUUUCACUGAAGAACAGAAUCCGAAUGCCCACUAAAGAAGUUGAAGAAGAAGAGGAGCCAGUAAUAAGAGCUCAACCUGUGCCUCAUUAUGGGGUGCCUUUUAAACCCCAAAUUCCAGAGGCAAGAACUGUGGAAAUGUGCCCUUUCUCUUUUGAUUCUCGAGACAAGGAACGUCAGUUACAGAAGGAGAAGAAAAUUAAAGAAUUGCAAAAAGGGGAGGAGAUGCCCAAGUUCAAGGCACUUCCUGUGCCUCAUUUUGACACUGUUAAUCUACCAGAGAAAAAGGUGAAGAACGCGACCCAGAUUGAGCCUUUCUCCCUGGAGACAGACAAAAGGGGUGCUCUGAAGGCACAGACUUGGAAACAUCAGCUGGAAGAAGAGCUGAAACAGCAGAAAGAAGCAACUUGCUUCAAGGCUCGACCAAACAACGUCACCUCCCAGGAGCCCUUUGUUCCCAAGAAAGAAAGAAAAAACCUUUCUGAGGGCCUUUCUGGUUCUCUAGUUCAGGAACCAUUUCAGCUGGCCACUGAGAGGAGAGCUAAGGAGUGGCAGGAACUGGAGAAGAAAAUGGCAGAGGUCGAAGCCAAAAAAGCCCAGGAGUUGGAGGAGGCCAGACAACAGGAAGAAGAGCAAGAGAAGGAAGAGCUGGCGAGGAUACGGAGAGCAAUGGUGCACAAAGCUAAUCCAAUACGAAAGUACCAGGGUGUGGAAAUAAAGUCAAGUGACCAGCCUCUGACUGUGCCUGUGUCUCCCAAGUUCUCUACUCGAUUCCAGUGCUAAACCCACUGUGAGCUGCAGACACUAUCUGGAAGCAGGAGCUGCUCUUCACAUCCUAUCUGAA